AUGAGCCAAAAGACGGCCGUCAUUCUGAGCCUGUUGGCGGUUGCCACGGCGCGUUUCGGCCGGGAGCAGGUCCCCGUCGCCGCAGUGCAGGCCCUCUCGGGCCGUGGCCAGCCCGGCGCCUCCGGCACGCUGUCGGGGGCGGUGCCGGGCGUGCUCCUGGCCGCCGCGGACCCCUGCGCCAAGCUGUCCCUGGCUGACGACAUCGUCAGGCAGCUGGGCGAGACGGACGACGUCGUGGCCGCCGCGAAGGGCGUCGUCGCGGCGGAGCAAAACUUCAACCCCUUUGUCGUCGAUAGGCCCAACGUCUGUGGCGACGCCUCGCUCCCCGCGACGGCCGCGCUCCGAGGCGUGGUCCCGCUCGUCGAUCCGGCCGUGGGCGGCUCCGACGUGGAGAAUGCUAACUCGGCCACGUCGGUCGACCGGCCGUUCAAUGCGGAUGGCCUGUCGGUUGCCCAGGUUAUGGAUGCCCAGGGCUUCUCAAACUUUACUGUCGACGGCCAGGCGCCCGGGAACCCGGCCCGCAAUGGGACGGGGAGCGGAGGGAAGGCCGGCAACAGUGGAAACGUUGGCAAGAAUGGCAACACUGGCAAUAACGACAACAAGCCUGGGAGCUGUGGUGCCGCCGGUGGUGAUAACAACAACUCGAACAACAACGGCGGCGGCGGCAAGGGCCAUGGCAAUGGCAGCAACAACACUGGCAACUUUAACAAGGGCGGAAACGCCAACAACGGCACCGCCGCCGACUUUGGGAUAUGCACGCCCACCAUCGACUUCCGGCUGGGCCGCGCGGGCCGCAAGGCCGACGAGGGCACGUUUCUGCCCACCGAUCCGCUCGUGGCGAAGGGCCAGCAGGACGCGCUGAACCCCAGCAUCAUCACCAACCGCGUCUGCGACCAGCUGACAAACGUCUGCGAGGCCAACGCCGCGGCCAAGGCCCUCUGCCGCGACGCGCAGGCCAAGGUUCAAGCAUCGGGGGACCGCAGCGCGGCGGCGGCGACCACGUUCAAUGGCUUGCUGGGCUUUUAG